GGAAGCAGGUUACUUUUAUAUCUUCGUUCUGCCUCGUGCUGGCUCUGCACUGGAGUCCUGCUUUCAGGGGUGGCAUUAGGGCAAAGGUUGUGACCUGACCGAUCCCGCAGGAUGAUUUCGUGCGGGUCUCUGAUGCCAUGUGGGUAGGAUUCCCAGCCUUCUCUAUACACAGCUUAGGGGGCUUCCCGCUGUUACCUUUCAGCCACCGGUGUUGUAGUUAGACUAUCGAUUGUUAAAUAUCCAAGCAUCCCAUUUGUUCCUGUCAAGCAGCAGAAAUGCUGACAAUCUCAUUGGCAUUUCAUUACACUGCCUUCUGUUCUUUCAGUUUUUCUCUCACCUUGAUUGAUGCUUUGGACACUCUACUAAUUUUGGGAAAUGUUUCAGAGUUCCAGAGGGUUGUCAAUGUGCUGCAGGAGGGGGUGGAUUUUAAUAUUGACGUAAAUGCAUCUGUCUUUGAAACCAACAUCCGAGUGGUAGGUGGUCUCCUGUCUGCUCAUUUGCUGUCUAAGAAAGCUGGUGUUGAAGUGGAAGCAGGAUGGCCGUGCUCGGGACCUCUUCUGAGGAUGGCUGAAGAAGCUGCUCGUAAACUCCUGCCAGCUUUUCAGACCCCAACUGGCAUGCCAUAUGGGACAGUGAAUUUGCUGCAUGGAGUAAACCCCGGAGAGACCCCAGUUACCUGUACUGCUGGUAUCGGUACAUUCAUAGUGGAAUUUGCUACAUUAAGCCAUCUUACGGGUGACCCCGUUUUUGAGAAUGUAGCCAGAAAAGCACUUAAGGCCCUUUGGAAAAAUCGUUCAGAUAUUGGAUUGGUUGGUAACCACAUUGAUGUUGUAACUGCCAAAUGGGUAGCCCAAGAUGCAGGCAUCGGGGCUGGGGUAGAUUCCUACUUUGAAUAUCUUGUUAAAGGAGCAGUUCUUCUGCAUGACGAAGAGCUGAUGUCCAUGUUCCUAGGUGAGACUCAUCCACUGGAUGAUUGUGCCGUUUUCCACCAGAUUGUAGAUUAUAACAAAGCCAUUAGUAACUACACAAAAUUUGAAGACUGGUAUCUCUGGGUUCAGAUGUACAAAGGGACAGUGUCCAUGCCUGUCUUUCAGUCUCUGGAGGCCUACUGGCCAGGCUUGCAGAGCUUAAUAGGAGACAUCAAUAAUGCCAUGCGAACAUUCCUCAAUUAUUACACGGUUUGGAAACAGUUUGGUGGGCUACCCGAGUUUUACAACAUUCCCCAGGGCUAUACAGUGGAGAAGCGAGAAGGAUACCCGCUUAGACCUGAGCUGAUUGAGAGUGCCAUGUACCUGUACCGUGCCACACGAGAUCCCACCCUCUUAGAACUGGGGAGAGAUGCUGUGGAGUCCAUAGAGAAAACCAGCAAGGUGGAUUGUGGAUUUGCAACAAUCAAAGACCUGAGGGAUCACCGACUGGAUAAUCGUAUGGAGUCCUUCUUCUUGGCCGAAACCGUGAAAUACUUGUAUCUUCUCUUCGACCCCGACAACUUCAUUCACAACAAUGGGUCGUCCUUUGAUGUGGUGCCCAUGCCUUACGGGGAGUGCAUCCUUGGUGCUGGCGGAUACGUCUUCAAUACCGAAGCUCACCCCAUAGACCCUGCUGCCUUGCACUGCUGCAGGAAGCAGAAGGAAGAGCAGUGGGAAGUGCAAGACUUAAUGAGAGAGUUUCACUUUCUGAAGAGGAAGAGGAAGUCCAUGUUCACAAGGACUGCAGCCCACAGUCGGGGGGGGAGCCAGGCAGGCUCUGCAGACACCACCGCAGAGAGCAGCGGGAAGGGAAGGAACCCAGAGAAGAUCACCAAGAGGAGGGUCCCUCUCCUGAGCUGCCCCACUCAGCCUUUUACCUCCAGACUUGCCGUUCUGGGCCAGGUCUUUCUGGACAACACGUGACUCCGCUGUGAGUCCAAGUUGUUGAAGUCAAUAAAUCCGCUUGGGUGUGCGCUCGGUGAACCCUUUUAUUCAGUGGGAAAUGCUUUUCCCAGGUGGAAAAAGUGCCCAGCAGGGUUUCCAGAGUUAUGUAAAACACCCGUCUGUGAGAAUCCAUUGCAGUCUUGCCAGCUGCAGUGCGAGAAUCGGGGGCGCUGCCGCAUGGUAACACAGCUGCCGUGUUGUACCAGCAUGACUUACCCCUUGGAAAGCAGAAAUCCUUGACAAGGAAGAGCCUGGGCCUGUUUCUUUGCAGGUGUGUUAAAUGCCUUGAGAUUGAUUAAAGUCUCCGCUAUGUGCAGGGUU